AUGUUAAAGGGCAAGACCCCCGUAUACAUCCUUCCUUUUUUGAAUCUUUCUCCACACGACAGGCAAGCGGUCCUCAAUACCAACGCAGAAGCAGGUCCGAUCACGGAAGAAGUCUCUCAUGAUGGGAGUAUUCAAGCUAUCAUUGAUGCCAUUCAGUACACGUCAUCUUCCCUCGAUAAAGGCCACUGGUAUUGUGACUAUAUGAUUGUUGUCGACCGUCCAGGCUGGAAAUCAACGGAACAAGGCAGCGUGUUAGUCGUCAAACUGAAUUUCAAAGGCGAAGUUGAUGGUCUCCGAAUGUCCACUUGCGACUCAGCAGUAUAUAUUUCCUCCAUGAGCAUCGGAAACACAGACUGGGAGGAGUACAUUGCGGCAGCCCGAUCUAAGUACAUAUGGGACCGCGAUACCCAUUUCGUGGUGUAUAUUGACUCGGCGAUUAAUGACGCUGACGACGCGAUGGCGGGUUUCGGGACGUAA